AUGUUUGUGCCUCUGCCGGUGCCGUUUGUCUUGCCGAGAACUGCUGACCUGCACGCCUGGCGCCUCAAGUCCCCGCUGGCUCUGCGCUCUCACUCCGAUAUCAGAAUGUCAAAGCCAAUAGAGGUUGAGAAUCCAGCGGCAGACUCUCCAAUGGAGAGCAAAGACUCAGAGAGAAAUGGCUCAGAUUCUAAUAAUCAGGUUCAGCCAAUGAAAAUCAACCCUUUCUCCCUGUCUCCCACACUGAGCAGUAGCACCAAGACUAAGGUGGAGAAUUGUGGUGAGAUGUCUCCUGCUCCUAUACAAACUACAACCGCUCAGACGCCUCUUUCCCACACACAGCUCAUGCUAACGGGUGGCCAGCUGGCAGGGUUGACUGCACUCUUGCCUGCACAGCAACAACUGCUUUUACAGCAGGCGCAGCUUCUUGCUGCAGCUGUGCAGCAGUCGCAUGCAGCCCACGCAGCCAAUCAGCAGCAAGCACAGCAGCAGGCAGCUCAGUUACAGAGCCAAUCGCAGAGCACACAAGAACAAACCGCCAACCCUCUCCCGCAUUCUCCUCACCAGCUCUCUCUUACUCAGCCAAUCCAGCUCACUGCCCAGGACAUUCAGCAGUUGUUGCAGCUGCAGCAGUUAUUUCUUGUUCAAGGACACAAUCUGCCUUCACCCGCACAGUUUCUUUUACCACAAACACAGCAAGGGCAGCAAGGGCUGCUAUCGACACCAAAUUUAAUUCCACUACCUCAGCAAAACCAAGGAAGCCUGCUGGCCGCUCCACCCAGACUUGGUCUUCAAGCUCAGAGAGAGAAGGCUGCGGAGAGUAGCGUACACACAGUGACUCCGGUGCCCUCUCAUCCUGAGGAGCCCAGUGACCUGGAGGAACUGGAGCAGUUUGCUCGCACCUUCAAACAGAGAAGAAUCAAGUUGGGCUUUACACAGGGUGAUGUGGGAUUGGCCAUGGGGAAGCUCUAUGGGAAUGACUUCAGUCAGACCACCAUUUCUCGAUUUGAGGCGCUCAAUCUCAGCUUCAAAAAUAUGUGCAAACUCAAACCUUUGUUGGAGAAGUGGCUCACUGAUGCAGAGACAAUGUCGAUGGACAGCAUAUUGCCAAGUCCCAGUGCUCUCUCCUCUCCCUCACUGGGGUUCGAUGGCUUGCCUGGUCGCCGCAGGAAGAAACGAACCAGCAUUGAGACAAACAUCCGUGUUGCUCUCGAACGCAGCUUUAUCACGAACCAGAAGCCUACCUCAGAGGAGAUCUUGCUCAUCUCCGAGAAGCUCAAUAUGGAGAAGGAGGUGAUCCGCGUCUGGUUCUGCAACCGCCGACAGAAAGAGAAACGUAUUAACCCCUCCAGUGCCACCCCUCCCUUGCCCAGCCAACCCCAGCCCACCUCGCACAAACCCCCCUGCUACAGCCCGCACAUGUUGUCCAGUCAGGGGCUGUCCCAGACAGUGACAAGUCUCAGUACAGCAGUGACCACCAUGUCAUCGGUUGGCCGUUUGACUCCAAGUGUACUCUCCUUAAGCUCUGCCCCUUCUCCUGUAACUCCACCGCCCCGUAAUGACAACAGCCCUGCUCAACCAAGUCACAGCACACUAAGUUUGAACACAGGUUCAUGGCAUAAAAACAAUGGUGAUGUUUCAAACUACAUCACUGAUUUUGCUGCAAGUUUGAGCACUAGCAGCCAGUGGUGGCCAGCUGCCCAUUUCCAGUCUUGAGGGCAGCAGCAAGGUGUUCAUCAGUGGUUCUGGGGGCCAAAGAGUAGGUCUCCCCUCUUCCCUCUUCCCUCACCACUCCUCUUUGUUGCCCAUGGCAACAGGCACCGGCAUGGGAUUAGGUGGUUUGGCUGUUGCCCAUGCCGCUAAAACAUCAUUUUCUGUCACAGGCGGUAUGAGUCCCUCCCCUUGCUCAAGCCCUGCCUUGUCCUGCUCUUCCGGCGAAUUGGUACUCAGUCCACACUCAAUGGGAGGGGCAAAAAUUGAGUGACAUUUCCCAUAAGCCAAUCACAGGAAUAGGAGGAGGAAGUGAAACCUCACCUGUCAACCAAAGCAUCUCUUGAUCCCCUCCUUCCCUUUCAUUUCCUCUUUCACACUUUCUCCCUCUCUCUCGCUCUACUGAUGCCAAAAAUACACAGAGUAGAAGAGGGGAGAGAUGGAGAGACAGAGUGGAAGGAGGAAGGAGAGGAGGGAAUGCAAAACCAAAAAAAAAACAAUGCCACAAGGCUUAGCAGGACAGAGACUAAUGCAUUCAUAAAAGGAGAAUGAAGAACUAUUUGAACAAAAAGUACAGUAAGAAGAGGACAAAAUGAGAUCCUUAGAAUCUAUCCGCACCAAAUCAACAAAAGAAAGGACUUUACUGUGUGUUAUAGAAAAAUGCAAAGGUGUGGGAUUCCACUCUUUGAAGCAAACAUGUGAAGUACUAAAUACCAAAAAGUAUAAUGGAACUUUAAAUGUCUCACUAUGACAAAAAAUACAAGCAUACCAAAAUCUCAAAUACCAAAAAGAAACACCAAAAAUACGGAUGGAAAAGCUUUAUCCAAAGGACCUGUAAAUAGCCGACCGUCCAGGACCAGAUCCAGUGAGACAGUCCAGCCAUCAUCACCAUCUGCCAUUCAAUCAUACUGUCUUUCUGUCAUUCCUGCUUUCCAAUUAUAAUUAUUGUUUCAGUGUAAAUUGUGCAUUAAUAAUCACAUAUGAGUGAGCCUGGUUCAAACACUUUCUGUGGUUCUUCCUUGUUGUUGCUUAAUUGUUUUACAGAAAGUAGCAGGUUUUCCAUCAACAAUUAUUCAAGUCUCUAUUGAAUGUUUCAGUGCAUUUAGUUAUCAUCAUCAUCAUCAUUUCAUGCCUUGUUGAGCAUAUAGAGAGUGUUUGGUCUUUGUUGUUCAUCAUAUUAGUGCUGCAAGUGUUUGCAUGCAGCAUCUACUUGUACUGUAUGUCCCAAGACAUGAAUGUCGUAUAGUUUAAUUCAGAUGCUGUAAAAAAUGAGACCAAAGCCUCUAUUCAUUCCUCUAGUUUAAAGGAGUGUAAAUAUUCUCAUUUCCCUCUUAAUAAUGCAGUGCAUCCUUCCUCAUUCCAUUUCUUCAUUCAUUUAUCACCUGUCUCACUGACUCCCUUUUGAAUACCAAAGCAAUUAAUUCAUGCACAUCAUCAGGUCAUUAUUCAAGUGAUGCAGAAAGAGAUCAGGAGCCCAAACCUUGACAACCCCACUUAAAAACACAUAAUUGAAAUAUCUGGGAUCUGCCAUAAAGGGGCUCCCGUCCUCUCUGCUUUUUCUACAAGCCAAAAAAUUAUAUGAAACUUCACAGCCAGCCAAACUCCCACUAACCCAGAAAGGAAAAACAAAACAAACCAAAUAUGGAAGGAGAUGAACAGAGGAGAAAAUGAGUUGCUGUACAGACAAACAUCACUCCCUUCAAGCAUAUCUGGACCGAGGUCACCUAGAACCUUGUAGCAAGGGAUCAAUGUAUGGAACGAUGGUUACACCUGCCUCUGCCUCCUGUCAUUCAAACACUUCCUGGUCCUGGGAGGUGGGAUCUCUGAUGACCUCACUGAACUCAUCUGAAAAAGAUAUUAGGGGAUUGGGGCGGGUCAUUGUUUUGUGUCUUUUGUUUCCAUAUGUCUGUUAUGUGGGGUUUUUCUCUGCGUGUGUAUAGAUGCAGUACUUCAUUUGUGUGCUAUCAUUUGGAAAAAAGGUAUUUACGUAUUGCAUAAAUCUAAUUUUUUACAUUCUUUUCUCAUUCCUAUAGUUGUGUUAGAGACUCUAAUCAGGUGGUUGAAACAAUACUGUGAAAAUUCAGUACAACAGAUGAUAAACCAGGAUACACAAACACACACAUAUGCUCAAGUACAUCCAAAGAACCAAAGUCAAAUAUAAAAUGAGCUUUAAAACUUUUAAAAGAACCAAAUAUCAUAUACUCUACAAUUUACAUACUCUCACCCACCCAAAGUUCACCACCUAACAAUUGUAUUUAUAGCAUGUUGGAAUCUGUAGUUGGUGAGCACUGCAGGUUCAAUGAGGGAUGAAAUACAUAAACUCAGUUCUCUAUGUUACCGUAUAGUUAGAGUGGGUCAGUUAGUGCUUCUAUAGAUUUUGUAGUAAAUUAUCUCUGUUAUAAUGCUUACUUAUUACUAAUGUAUGGAAGAAAAACUUUGUGAAAAGAUAAAAAAAAAGUUGAUAUUUACCUAGACCAAAAAUUCACGCUAUCUCUCUUUUGGGGUUUUGUGUCUUUUUCCUCCCCAAUUGAAACAAAUUAAUUUCUUUAUUUAUUCUCCUCUGGCUUGUUUGCAAAUUUUCUAAAUUCUUUUUUUUUAUUAUUUAUUUAAUAUAUUCCAAAUGCUGUUUUGUAGUGGGUGUGUUUGAGGCACCAGAUUGUAUUAAAAUGUAAACUUCCUUUGCCAAGGCAACCUUUCAAACUAAAUCCAUCGACAAAUGCAACUGUUGGUCCUAAUCGGCCAACAACGGCAGCAUAGGGGUGGACACUUCUCAACCCCUUAACUGUUCCUUACUGGACAAAGCCUGUGGAGGGGUAACUUAUCAGGGGAAAAAGCAGCACUGUGUUUCAUCUGCUAAAAUGUUUUGGUAGCUUUAACUCACAACAUCGAAGUAACCUUCCAGACUAAAAGCAUACACUGCCAUGGUUUUGAUAGAAAAGUGAGAAAGGGGUGAGAUUACAAUCUAGACAAGAUCAAUUGUAGAUCCUAAACUGUCUCUUGACUGUUCAUCUGCAUUGUAUCUCUAUGUACCUGACUCACCAAAGCUGAUGUAAGCGAUUGUGUUGCUAUGGUUACUGUUGUGAUAGCUACCAUACGUGUGUGACGAUGUUGAGCUCAGUGCUGCCAUGAACCUUGAACUGAAAGCUUUAAACAGCUACAAAACCAAAUAUUUUAGGAGAAGAAAGAUGGAGGGAUUUGGAUGGAAGAUGCAUAAGGGGUUCCAUAAGAGGAGGAUGAGAGGAGAGAAUACAGCUAAAUUUAUGAAAUUGUGCGAUAGUGGAAAUGUAUCAGUGCCAUCUCCAUGUUUCUCUCUGCCUAAUUUUUUCUCUUUGUCCUAUUUCUAUUCCUGCUUUGUUUUUUCUUAUUAUUAUUAUUUCAGCUUGCCUGUUUUGUCUCCUGGGUAAGGGCUGUAAAAGAGAGAUAGUUCCUCAUAUACCUCACUCUCUUUAAUGACAAACCAAAUAGUAAACAGUGUUUGUUCUAUUCACAUCCUCUGUCCUGUACCAGCCCCUGUGACCACUUUUCCAGUCACCAAACACACAGGACAGGACUAGACAGACACCUUUUUACUGUGUGUGUGUGUGUGUAUAUAUAUAUAUAUAUAUAUAUAUAUAUAUAGUACUGUGCAAACGUUUUAGGCCCCUGUGGUAAAUGUUGCAGAGUGAGGAUAUCUUCAAAAAUAAUGCCAUAAAUAUUUUUAAUUUAUCACUUAAUGUCAUACAAAAUCCAAUAAACAUAAAAAAGCUAAAUCAGUAGUUGGUGUGACCACCUUAACACAGCACAGUUCUCCUAGGUACACCUGGACACAGUUUUUCUUGGUUGUUGGCAGAUAGGAUGUUCCAAGUUCCUUGGAGAAGUCACCACAUUUCUUCUAUCUUUAGGCUAUCUCAAUUGCUUCUGUCACUUCAUGUAAUCUCAGACUGACUCUAUGUUCAGUGAGGGGCAUUGUGGGGGCCAUGACAUCUGUUGCAGGGCUCCCUGUUCUUCUAUUCUAAUAUUUUCUAUUUGCAAAAGUAAUGUUUGAGAGUCAACAUUUAUAUUUCCUAUUGACACACUAAAGCUGAAGAUAUAAAUAACCAUCUUAAGACAAAUGCUUUUGUGAAACAU